AUGCAGCAGUCCGUCCCACGCAGUGUGUGUUUCCUGGCAAGGCGUGGCUUUGCUAGCCACGCAAAGCCGCAUGUCCACAUGCCGGAGACGGCCAUGCUGACCAACAACGGCACGCACGAGUUCAAGCGCAAGGGGUGGGAGCUUUCCGCCUACAUGGGGAUGCUCGGCGGUCCAAUUAUCCUGUUUCUGGGCCUCACGAAUGCUCCCGAGACGGACUCGGACGUGCUGGCCAGACAAGAGGUGGUUGCCAAGCGUGCAGGGACAGAGUACCUCGUGCGACGUGCCAGCGGUGGCUCUGAACGACAGCGGUACAUUUACAAGUCGCGCGAGAUUGGCCAGCCGCCAAUGCUUCACGAGGAGUAG